GAUAUCUUUAUUGGCUCGAAGGUUGUGUUCAUAUUAAAUUGAAAAAUAGGCCCUUCGUAAGGAGAAGAAUUUGUAAAUAUAAAUGUGACGCGAUAGAUAGAUUUACGCUUACGAUUAUUCGAAUUAUUAUUAAUAUCUUUAUUUUGAAUCCUUUUCAUUUUUAUUCGUUUCUUUUUUACCUUCCUCGGACUAGCUAUUUUCCCUCCCUCUCUUUACUAUCUGUGUAUGCCACUCUCUUGUGAAAGUUAACGUAGCCGCAUGGAACGCGGGGGCUUUCGUGAAUCGUCCUAUACGCCUUCUUGGUAGAUCCGUAAUACCACCAUCGCCAGUCGGUCGCUUAGCGAUUACCUCUGACUUCGACUUUCACUUUGAGAGCUACCAAGUAUCUCUGUCUCUGUUUCUCUCUCUCUAUUUAUCCAUCUCUUUCUCUCUCUCGCUCUCGCUCUCGCUCUCUCUCUCUCUCUCUCUCUCUUUCUCGCUCUCUAUCCAUCUAUCUUUUAUUUCCUCUCCUGGUACAUCUUUCUCUUUCAUUCUUCCUUCGUUCGCCAAUGUGAUCGAACUCUUAAAGUGAUCGUUCUCUGUUAAAUGUUUAAAAGACGGAUAGUGUUUCUAGGGGGGAUGGAAAAAGAAAAAUGCGAUUUUUCUUUAAGUGUUUAAUAUCUUUAUGAUUUGACACCUAUCUGUGAUUUAAUAUUAAAACUCGGAUAAGUGAAAAGAAGAAAAGAAACGAUAAAGGAAAAAGAAAAAAAAAAAAAAAAGGAGAAAACAACAAAAAUAUAACGAAAUAUGUAUUGAAAAAAAUUUUUGGAUAUUCAUACAUCGAUCACGUUCUCGAUCACUCCAGAAGCAUAAUCAAGAGAUUCGUUUGAAACAGGAUGUCAAAGGCUCCAAAACAUAAUGGUAGCAUACAUGGCGGCGGGGUCACUGGACCAGAUGAUUUUUCCGAUGGAGAGAGUACGCCUGUUAUUCAAGAUUACACCGAUAGAAGAACAGUCGAAGAAACAAAAGAAUGGGAUGUCUUCAGAGAUCCACCACCGAAAGUCGAUUCGGGCUCAAUGGCAAAUCAAAAAUGUCUUGAAAGGACCGUACAAUUAACAAAAUUUUUUGUCUAUUUAAUCGUUUUCGUAAUAGUAUUAGUUAGCGGUGUAAUAUCUAAAGGAACGAUCUUUUUCAUGACGUCCCAAUUGAGAUCAGAUCAUAGAAUUCCUUAUUGCAAUAAAGAUUUAGGCCGAGAUAAACAUUAUGUAGCAACAUUACCAGAAGAAGAAAGAAUAGCAUGGAUAUGGUGUAUUAUAAUCGCUUUCGCGGUACCAGAAUUUGGCGCAUUGAUACGUAGUAUACGUAUAUGUAUUUUUAAGUCAUGGAAAAAGCCACCAUAUUCUCAUUUUUUCCUUGUAUUCCUUAUGGAAACAUUUCAUGUCGUAGGACUUGCACUUAUGUUUUUCUUAGUACUACCAGAUGUCGACGUUGUAAAAGGAGUAAUGUUAACUAAUUGCGUCUGUUUUGUACCCGGAUUAUUAGGACUUUUGUCGCGCAACAAAAACAAAGACGAAUCGAAAAGAUUUAUUCUCGUACUAGUUGACCUUGCUGCAUUAACUGCUCAAGCAACGAGUUUCGUCCUUUGGCCUUUACUAGACACAUCAAGACCUUCCUUAUGGAUUAUCCCACCUUCCUUGAUACUCGUAUCAUGUGGUUGGUGGGAAAAUUAUGUUUCUAUGCAAAGCAGUAUCGGCUUUGUCACAAUGCUGGCCCGAGUAAAGAGAGAAUUGAGACUGACUAGAUAUUUUACAUACAUGUUCGUUUCAUUCUGGAAGAUUAUAGCAUUUUUCAUUAGUGUUUUAACGGUGCUAUACAUGAGAGGCGAGAAUAUUGGUCAUUUAUUUACAAUGUUUCCUACUGCAUUUGGACAGCACAAAAUUAUUGUUCACACAGUCGUACAAACUAAUGGUACAUUAUCAGAUCUAAAAGACGUUUUAUUAAACAGCGACAUCGACAUCGAUGCUGACUUUAGUACACCUAUUUAUGUCUUAUUGUUACAAAUAUUCAGCGCAUAUUUCGCUUAUAUUUUUGGCAAGUUCGCAUGUAAAAUUCUGAUACAAGGAUUCAGUUAUGCAUUCCCUGUAAAUCUUACAAUACCAGUAACUAUUUCCUUGCUAAUUGCUGCCUGUGGUCUACGUAAUAGCAAUCCUUGCUUUUUCCAUGAUAUUAUACCAGAUUAUCUUUUUUACGAAUCACCACCACUGUAUUUUUUAAACGAUUACAUAACCCAACAAUACGGCUGGGUUUGGUUACUUUGGUUGCUCUCUCAAACUUGGAUAACUUUACAUAUUUGGACACCAAAAUGUGAACGUUUAGCAGCUACUGAAAAAUUAUUCGUUGUACCUAUGUAUGAUUCAUUGCUAAUCGAUCAGUCAAUGGGUUUAAAUAGAAAGAGAGACGAUCAACCGGAAGUUAAAGUGGAGGAUUUAGCAGAGAUAGAAAAAGAAAAAGGUGAUGGAGAUUAUGAAACUAUAUAUGAACAAACAGAUGGCUCGACCACUCCACCUUCAAUGGUAAAAAGUAGCGACCAUGUGACCAGAAUAUACGCGUGUGCUACCAUGUGGCAUGAAAACAAGGAAGAAAUGAUGGAAUUUUUAAAAAGUAUUUUGCGACUGGACGAAGAUCAAUCAGCUAGACGUGUCGCACAAAAAUAUCUUAAAGUCGUUGAUCCGGAUUAUUAUGAGUUCGAAACUCAUAUCUUCUUCGACGACGCUUUCGAAUUAUCCGAUCAUGACGACAACGAAUCACAAGUUAACCGAUUUGUAAAAUUACUCGUUUCAACGUUAGAUGAAGCAGCGACUCAUGUUCAUAGGACAAGAACGCAUGUCAAAGAUCCAAAAAAAUAUCCAACUCCUUAUGGUGGACGAUUGGUAUGGACUCUUCCUGGUAAAACUAAAAUGAUCGCUCAUUUGAAAGAUAAGAGUAAAAUUCGUCACAGGAAAAGAUGGAGCCAGGUCAUGUACAUGUAUUAUUUAUUGGGACAUCGAUUAAUGGAAUUACCCAUUAGCGUGGAUCGCAAAGAAGUUAUUGCUGAGAAUACGUAUUUAUUAACAUUAGACGGUGAUAUUGAUUUUCAACCAGCCGCUGUAAAACUUCUUGUUGAUUUGAUGAAAAAGAAUAAAAAUCUUGGUGCGGCAUGUGGUCGUAUUCACCCAGUUGGUUCAGGUCCUAUGGUUUGGUAUCAAAUGUUUGAAUAUGCGAUUGGUCAUUGGCUGCAAAAAGCAACGGAACAUAUGAUCGGCUGUGUACUUUGUAGUCCUGGUUGUUUUUCCUUGUUUAGAGGAAAAGCUUUGAUGGACGAUAAUGUAAUGAAAAAGUAUACAACAAGAUCCGAUGAGGCAAGACAUUACGUACAAUAUGAUCAGGGAGAAGAUCGUUGGCUUUGUACAUUACUUUUACAACGUGGCUAUAGAGUCGAAUAUUCAGCGGCAAGUGAUGCUUACACUCAUGCACCAGAAGGAUUUAAUGAAUUUUACAAUCAACGUCGUCGAUGGGUACCUUCUACUAUAGCUAAUAUUAUGGAUUUAUUGAUGGAUGCCAAACGGACUAUUAAAAUCAAUGAUAAUAUUUCUCUUCCAUAUAUAUCUUAUCAGAUUCUCCUAAUGGGUGGUACUAUACUUGGACCAGGUACUAUUUUUCUUAUGUUAGUCGGUGCGUUUGUAGCAGCUUUUAAAAUUGACAAUUGGACAAGUUUUUAUUACAAUAUUAUACCAAUUUUAUUGUUCAUGAUCAUUUGUUUUACGUGCAAGGCAAAUAUACAGGUUAUCAUGGCUGCAAUUCUCAGCACCUUCUAUGGUUUGGUGAUGGUUGCCGUUGUAAUCGGUAUCGCAAUAAGUAUCGUAGAAGACAGUUUGUUUUCACCCUCCGCGCUGUUUCUAAUGCUGGUGGUGAUGCAAAUGCUGAUAGCAGCCAUACUUCACCCAAGGGAAAUAAACUGUUUAUUAUAUGGAAUAAUAUAUUACAUAAGCGUACCAUCGAUGUACGUUUUAUUAAUUAUGUAUUCGCUGUUCAAUCUCAAUGACAUUACCUGGGGCACAAGAGAAGUAAAAGCGAAGAAAACGAGGGUGGAAUUGGAACAAGAGAAAAAAGAAGCGGAGGAAGCUAAGCGCAAAGCGAAACAAAAGUCUUUGUUAGGUUUUCUUCAAAACGGUGCUGGAACAAAUGACGAUGAUCAAGGUUCGAUCGAAAUUUCUUUGGCUAGUUUAUUCAAGUGUAUGUUUUGUACGCAUGGUAAAUCAUCGGAUGAGAAACAACAGCUUGUUGCUAUCGCUGAAUCAUUAGAACUACUUGGCAAAAGAAUGGAAACGAUUGAAAGGGCCGUUGAUCCACAUGCGCAUGUUUCUGGAAGAAGACGAGCAUCCUCCGUGGGUAAUCGUACAAAUGAUGCCUUGGGUGCAAUAGGUGAAGAUCCAGCCGAGAAUGAAGAAUGUCACAGUGAAACAGAAACCGUAACUAGCCAAAAUUCGGGAGAAAAUCGUGAGGGUAGUAAUUUCUUAACGAGACCUUAUUGGUUGAGCGACGAAGGAUUGAAAAAAGGCGAAGUGGAAAUUUUGUCGUUACAAGAGGAACAGUUUUGGAAGGAUUUGCUUGAAAAGUACCUAUAUCCUAUAGACGAAGACAAAGCGGAAAAGGCACGAAUUGCUAAAGAUCUAAAGGACCUACGCGACCAGAGUGUUUUUGCUUUCUUUAUGAUGAAUGCCCUCUUCGUCCUCAUCGUCUUUUUGCUACAACUAAACAAAGACUUGUUACACGUGAAGUGGCCAUUUGGUAUCAAGAUGAACAUCACCUAUGAUGAAUACUUGCAAGAGGUACACAUUACCAAAGAAUACUUGCAACUUGAGCCUAUUGGUCUGGUGUUCGUGUUCUUUUUUGCACUAAUUCUAGUCAUUCAAUUCACUGCUAUGUUGUUUCAUAGAUUUGGUACUUUUGCUCAUAUCUUGGCGAGUACCACACUGGAUUGGUUCUGCUGCAAAAAAGAUGUUACAGAGGAGACUUUAUCAUCUCAACAAGCAGUGGAUAUGGUUAGAGAUCUACAAAAAUUAAAUGGUAUGGAAGGUGAUUACGAUGAAGGUAGUGGUAAUGGGCCUGGUCGUAGAAAAACAAUAAGAAAUCUUGAAAAGAGUAAAAGAAAGGCACAAUCGAUAAACACACUUGAUGUUGCAUUUAAACAUCGCUUCUUUAGUAUGUCUGAAGGAGCAGGUUUGCCCGGAAACAUGUCUACACGACAUUCAGUGAAAGCUUUAAAAGCUUUAGAGGGUAGACGAAAUAUAGUCGAAAUGGCAAUGCGAAGGAAAUCACAAAUGCAAACUUUAGGAGCAAUUAAUAAAUAUGGAGUGGCAGGUAAUCCUCUUGGUAUUCAAGGGCGACCUUCAAGAAGUAGUCAAAUAUCCGUAAAGGAUCUCUUUGAAGAUCGUGGACAUACAAAUCCUGGUUAUGAACCCGAUGAAAGUCCUAAAGAUAGUCUUCGAUUACAAAAUCUUAAUCAACAUGCCUGGCGCGAAGCCAACACCAAUGUUUAACGUUACAAUAUUUUUAAGACGAAUUCAAAAUAUAUUCAAUAUUUGAAAUUAAAAUAUCAUAAUCAAUCGAAUAAUAGCAUAAAAAUAGUAAUUAAAUAUAGAUUACUGUUUUUAUUUUUUUCCUCUAUACCAGCAUAUUUGAGGGGUAACAUUUUUUUUAUUUAUUUGUUAUAAUAUUUAUUCAAUGAUUAAUGAAAAGAUAUAGUUCAAGCAAACUCCAGUGUAUGAAACACUGUCAAAACUGCAAUAAAAUUUGUUUAAUAUUGAA